AUUGACCUAAGAAGUGUACAUUUUAAUUGCGCUUCGGGUCAAACAGGACUGUUACAAUAUGAAGUGUAGCUUCUACAGUAUUUAUAUAUAUACAUACAUAUAACUUAAGUGCAAUAUUCAGCAGCCGGCUUUCGUAGAGACGAGCACACGAAGUGGAGUCGAGAUAAAGAUAAUAACAAAAACAAAAAAAAUUGUGAGUCAUUCAUCUCUAGAUAUGUUUUCUAUGAUGCUGGGGUAAAACAGGGUUUCACUACAAUGAUAGUUUUAUUCACAGAAAAACAGAAUACCCUGCGGUGAACAUAUUAAAAGGGCGUGGGGGGAAUGGUAUCACGUGACUUUGCACUGGAUUACCAAAAUGUAAGGAAUAAUUAAUAAAGUCGUGACUUUAAACGGAAUACCGAGAAAGAAUAAGAAAAGAAAAACAGGUAUUUGAUAUGGACGUUAGCUGUUACCAGAAUAUGACACGGCGGGUCGUCAGAGAAUGGAAAAUGCCUUGUUAACCUUUAGCAACUAGGUUUCAUGACCGACAAAAAACGGAUAUAAAUACUCGGCUGGAUUAAGAUAUUGCCGUAUGCAAAGAAAUGGAUUCCCCAAGAUUUUGUGUGUGCCUGUAUCAUCACCUCCAUUGGAUGCUCUGUGCUCUUUGUUUUGUCUUAUUGAUCACAAUCAGCUUUGUCUCCAGUGCUUGCAACUUUCACGAUAUGAAACAUAUAGAGACGGUAGACGUAAUUUGGGAGACAAACAAUACUAUCAAACCAAAUGGGAACGACUUAACAGAGAUUGAAUUUAAGAAAAAUUACAUGAUAGCCCGACAUAUUUACCAAACAUCGUUCGGUACUAAUAACACUGAGCAAUAUUACAUAAGAGAGUGUAUAUAUAAAAUGUUGGACAAGUAUGUGGUGCGGCAUGAAGAAAAAGGUAAACCGAGAAUGUAUGCAUGCCUUGAAUUUAUCAGAAGAGGUGUAGCUGUAAUGCAAAUUCGAGAAUCUAAUUUUGUGUCUCGGUUCGAUCUGCAGCUUUGUCAUGAGCACCAUCUAAAAUUAAACCCUUGGCCUUUAAUACUUCGCAGUCGAAUUAGGGACGAAUACUUACUUUGUCCUUUACAAGGAGGAUACAAUAUGAAAAUUGUUGAUUCAAAUGGAAUUAGCAAUGGCUGCAACAUGAAAGCCCUUCCAAUGAGAUUAGAGAGCGAAUGUAUCGCUGGUGAAGGGAUGACAUUUUACUUUCGAUCUGAAACCUGCCUUCAGAAUACACCCAUGGAAACAACAACAAACCUGUUAUGUGUCGCCAGUUGGUGGGAUGAUGGCUACACAUUUACUAUUGUUAGAACUUAUAAAGGUAAAAUUUGGUGCCUUCGUUCUCAAAAUAUUAGUAAUUGGGAAAAAAAUGAAAUUUAUUUAUUCUUUGAUUUAAUUUGCCCCAACGGAGUAGAUGAUAUCAUAGGAUGGUCUGAGACAUCAAAUAAGGCUCAACAAGCCAAGAACUACAUCGUUGCAAGCCUGACUCGUGUCAUGUAUACUAAAUUAUGUCAAGACGAAUACAAAGAAUGUAGGCAGGUGGCAUGUUCAAGACUCACAGAAUAUGAGUGUCCCUACAGCUGCCGGAAAUGUGAUCCCAAUAUGCCUCCAGCAGUCUGUUCUUUUCCAAGUCGGCUUCGUGGUCCAUGGUACCAAACAAAUUACGAUGGUAUCAAGGAGAUUCAGAUUAGCGAAUCGAAUUUUGAAAUUGAACGGGUUGGCUCGUUCAAGUGUGUCUCAUUAAGCAGAAUCUCAACUAGAAGUGAGGGUCGAUAUUCGGUGCUUUCGAUUUUCAAAAACGGUUGCCGACCUCGUUAUUCUUGUAUCCAAAUCACUGAUUAUUCUCCAAUGGUAAUGGGUUAUGUACUCUCAAAAAGUAUCGUUUGGCCACUCGUCGAUGAUCAUGUUAAAGAUUCGAUUUGUAGUAACCAAAGAUUCAUAUCAGAUGUUAAACCCAUUGGUGACACAUAUCGCUCUUUUCCAAAUUCAUUUAAACCGAUUGUGUCCCGCAAACCUUUGGAAAGUUUUAAGGAUUGUGAGUUUGAAUCAAGCUUUGAGAUUCGGUUAGCCAUAAAACCUGGACGAGGUUGCUAUGGAAGUAUGUACCAGGACUGCUAUGAUAACACCUUAUUCCGUAUUGAAAUGAAAAAUUGCCCAAUACACGCGCAUGUAAGCGACUAUCGUUGUUUAUUAACGUUUAAACCUAAUUAUUGGGAGAAGGCUGUAGUAAUGCAAAAUCGUGAUAACACUUCCGAUACUAUUUGUCUUUUGAAAAACGACAUGCAUAAAAAUGAAAUAAUUGUGAUGGCUGCCAGUGAAUGUAAUAAAAUGACUUGGUCUUUUGUGAGAGGUCGGUAUCUGAAACCGCUUACUGUCUACACCCUCAAAGCUGAGGCCAUACCUUGCAAAAACAUUCCGAUGAAGACCACAACCACCGCAGAUCGCAUUAUCAUACAUAAACCUCAAACAUUUGAUCGUGAUAAACCUAAUGAACCGUUUAAAAUACCGAGUGUACCAGAAAUUUACUACAAAAGAAAGGCGGAGAGAAAGAAAGAACAUACUCGAAGUAAUGGCGCGCGUUUAGUUCAAUGCUUAACCAAAGGCGGAUUACAGUCAGUUUUUCUGUGGCUAUUUUCAAUAUUUUUACAAUUUACAUGAAAAACCGACGGAUUUUACAAAUUGAGAGAGAACAUCAUAAGAACUGAAGUAUCGGCUAAUAGUAAGAAGCGUGCCAAUGAGAGAUACCGGCCAGUAAGGAUUUCAUUUCUUACUAAGAGUGGAAUAUAAUUUUUGAAAUCAGAUCAAAAGUAAUGAAUUGUAUAAUAAACCUGAUUAUUUAAAAAAAAAAAAAAAGAAAUAGCAAAAAUAUAUUAAUAUUCCUCGUUCCCUUUCUCAGCUGCAGACAGUGUCGCUUACCCCGCCUUAUUUGACCUUUCCCCACCUCAAACUCACCUUUCUUUAUUCCUUUUCCCCCUUGCUUCACUUUCAUCUGACCCUUCCUUUAUUCAAACAUAGAAACAGAUACCUGGACUAAAUUAUCUGUCGGAUUCUGAGCAACAUUAUACUAUUGGAGAACAGACUAAGAAGUUAUGUGUGAGAGUGAAAGAGAGAGAGAGUGAGAGAGAGUGCGUGCGUGCGUGCGUGCGUGCGUGUGUGUGUGUGUGUGUGUAAAAAUACAUAAAUAACAUAUCAUAGAUGUUAUAUAUGUAUGUGUAUAUAAUAAUGUUUGUGAGUUUGUAUAGUGUUUGUAUGAAUGUCUGCAUAUAUAUAUAUAUAUAUAUAUAUAAUUUCAUCCGAAAGCACAUACGCAGACAGUCAUAAAUAUGCAUCAUGCAUCCAUACUGAAAAGCGCUAAAGAGCUUUCAAGUGCACACAACAAACUAACUAAACAUUAAUGGUAUUCAAUCAGCUCAAAUGAAAACAUGUUUACACUACAUGACAAUGAAAGGCUGAAUAAUUGUUGACUGAUAAAUAUACUUUAUAUCACUCGUGGUGGAUUAGUCAAAUUUCGUCCACAUUGAAAAUAAAGACACAAUAAAAAACCAACAGACGAUCGUUGAAAAAUGCACAUACUAAACUAAAAACAUAUAUAAUUAUAUGUAUUUCUAAUAUUGUAAAUAUUUUGUGGUGUAAACUAUAAAAUGUGUUUGUUUUAUUUUAAUACUUACACAUAAGGUACGCAUAUAUGUGCGUGUGGGGGUAAGCAUGGAGUAACAUUAUAUAUAUAUAUAUUAAAGCAUAUAUGUAUAUAUAUAAGUAUAUAUAUAGGUAUAUAUAAGCAUAUAUAUAAG